GACAACUUAAAACUGUAAUCAGAUUUAUGAUUAGUGCAAAAGCUCGUAAUUUGGCUGAAAGACAAGAAUAUCGUACUUUGUAUCCUGAUAUUCUUGAAUGUCGAUUUACACAGAAGUGGAUGAAUAGAUUUAUGUCACAUUAUAGAUUAGUAAAUCAUCAACGUACUACAACUGCUCAAAAGUUAUCAGAAGAAUAUAAUGAACUACAACAAAAUUUUUUAGCUUAUAUUCUUUAUCGUCAUGAACGUACUAGUUUUACUAUAACCCUUGUCUGCCUUGCAGAUAGGUCAAAUCUAUAUUCGCUUCUUGUUCUUGAUACAUUUACUGCUCAUAGAACAGAUCCUGUAAAAUGUCACUUUUGUGAAAGGAAUACAGAUAUAGCUGUGAUUCCGAGUGUGUUAACCUCACGCUUGCAACCAUUAGAUGUAUCUUUGAACAAAGCAUUUAAAGCAAGG